AAAACGUUAUUAUUAAAAUUUUAAAUUAUAUUUUAAAUUUUAUUUUCUCUACGGAUCAAAUCAGAUAUUCUUUAAAAUUUUAAAACAUUUCGGAUAUCCGAGUCACCAAAUACCUAGGUGGCUAAAGAUUGAAUGGACACGAAUACUUUCAUAUACCCAAAUAUUCGAUAUGUGCCCACCCCUAUUUACGGAAACAAUUUUAGUAAAUUAGUUAUUUUUUGCAUCAUGUGCAUAAAUUAAAAUUUUAAAUUUAAAAAAUAUUUAAAACUAAAAUUUUGUUAAUAUUUAAGAUUUUAUUAUUUUUAGAAACAUUUUAAUUUUAAUACUAAUUUGAUUGAACAAAAAAUAAGAUAAAAUUAACAACUUUUUUAUUUUAAAUUUAUAUAUUUAAAUUAAUAAUUUUGGAUAAUUUUUUUUAUCUAUAUUUUUGGGUAAAGUGUAUUAGACCAAAUUGUAUAAAACAAAGAGAAACUUUUAUUAGAUUUAAAUAUUGUAUAAUUAUCAAAAAAUAAUAUUAAAUAGUAUUUCUAAAAUUGUUUUAUAUUAAAUGGAAACCAAUGGUAUUAGGAUUAGAAAUUCAUAAGUUUUCAUAAAUUUCAUAAAAUUUUGAAGAUUAUUAGUAUUAAAAAUUGUAUAUUUACUUAGAAGAAUUCAAUAAACGCUUAGAAAAUUUUAAAAUAUUAUUAUAUUUGUAUUUACAUUUUAUAUUAUUUUCUCUUAAUAGUUUAUGAGUUUUUACAGUUGCCCCAAAAAGAGUUAUUACCAUAUUUUUAAAAGCUUAGGAAAAAUAUAUAUCAACACUAAAUGUGAAUGUCCUUGUUACAAUUAAUUUCAAGUCAUAUCAAAUUUUGUAGCAAUCCAUAUCAUUUUUCCUCAUAAAAAUAAAAAUGGUAAUGACACAUAAGAAAAUUUCAAAAAAAAAAAAAAUCACUUCUUAAAUAAUGGAUAGGUUAAUGGAGAAUUUUCAUCUUUGCCAAUUUUUAGUACAAUUAUUCAUGUUUACCAACAUUAAAGAAAUAUUUUCAAAAAUAUUGUCUUCAUUAAGUGAAAAUGAUUCUUAUACCCUUGUUUUCUAUAUAUAUAUAAUAAAUAUUUUUUAAUAAAUAAAAACUUUUUUUGUUUUUGAAUCAUACUUUUUAAACAUGAAAAUGUUUUUUGAAUUUCUAUUUUCGAAUUUUUAUUUAAAAUUUAUUCUUAAAAAUCGAAUUUAUUUUUUAAACUAUUUUUUUUUUUUUUUAUUUUUAAAAAUUUAUUAAUAUAUUUAUUAGAUCUUGAAUUUUCACAUUCUGAAAAUUUUACCCUACCCUUUAAGUAUAAACCUUAAGUCUAAAUUAAUUAAUUUUAGAAUUAUAUAAAUAUAUAUUUUUAUCUUUUAUUAAAAUGUGAGAGUAAAAAUGAUUAUAAACAUGAAAAUUUGUAUUAUUUUCUUUUGUAACACAUAAAAAGUAGUAUUAUGAAUGUGGUAUUUUUUACAAUUUUUCGAAAUAACUAGGAAAAUUGAUAAAAAGCACGUGGGUUUGCAAUUCAUGUGACGUUUCUUAAAACCACUACCACAUAAUGGGAUCCCACCACAUAAUAUAUAACUACGAGAUCUGAUUUCAAAAGGCAGAGAAAUGGCGACUGAAACUAAAGUGAUAGCUCCGGUUGGAAGCGGAGAAAAAGGAUGCUGCAAGUCAGGUCCCGGAUAUGCCACGCCACUUGCCGCAAUGUCUGGUCCACGGGAAAAGCUCAUCUACGUCAUCGCCGUCUACACUGGAACGGGACGAGAGAAGCCAGAUUACUUGGCAACGGUAGAUGUGGAUCCAAGCUCAGCAACAUAUUGUAGCGUCAUUCAUAGAUUGCCAAUGCCCUUUCUUGGUGAUGAGCUUCAUCAUUCUGGUUGGAACUCUUGCAGUUCUUGCCAUGGUGAUGCUUCUGCUGAUAGACGUUAUCUCGUGUUACCAUCCUUUAUAUCUGGUCGCAUCUAUGCAAUUGACACAAAGGCAGACCCGAGGGCACCAUCUUUGUAUAAGUACGUAGAUCCUAAAGAGAUUGCUGAAAAGACAGGAUUGGCCUUCCCACACACAACUCAUUGCCUUGCCUCUGGUGAAAUCUUGGUGUCCUGUCUUGGGGACAAAGAUGGAAAUGCCCAGGGGAGUGGGUUUCUUCUUCUCGACUCUGACUUUAAUAUCAAGAACAGGGGAUUUCUCAGGUGGGAGAAACCAGGACAUAGUCCCUUGUUCGGUUAUGAUUUCUGGUACCAACCUCGGCACAAGACAAUGAUCAGCACCUCUUUGGGAGCACCUAAGGCCUUCUCCAAAGGUUUUGAUCUCCAGGACGUUGCUGAUGGCUUCUACGGAAGUCAUCUUCAUGUUUACAGUUGGCCAGGAGGUGAAAUGAAACAGUUAAUUGACCUUGGAGAUACUGGUCUCAUACCUUUGGAGAUCAGAUUCUUGCAUGAUCCAUCUAAGGAUAUAGGAUAUGUUGGGAGUGCACUGUCGAGUAAUAUGAUAAGAUUUUUCAAGAAUAGUGAUGAAACAUGGAGCCAUGAGGUCGUUAUAUCAGUUAAACCCAUAAAAGUAGAAAACUGGGUUCUUCCAGAAAUGCCAGGGCUUAUCACCGACUUCUUGAUCUCUCUGGAUGAUCGAUUUUUCUACUUUGUGAACUGGCUUCAUGGAGACAUUCGCCAGUAUAACAUCGAAGACCCUAAAAACCCUGUCUUAACGGGACAAAUUUGGGUGGGUGGUUUACUACAAAAGGGUGGUCCUGUUAAGGCUGUUAGAGAAGACGGCGGUACUUACCAGUUUGAUGUUCCUCAAAUCAAGGGGAAAUCUCUGAGAGGAGGACCUCAAAUGAUUCAGCUUAGCCUUGAUGGUAAACGACUGUAUGCAACAAACUCGUUAUACAGCGUGUGGGACCGUCAGUUUUACCCUGAACUUAUGGAUAAAGGAUCACACAUAAUUCAGAUUGAUGUUGAUACAGAGAAAGGUGGUCUCUCAAUAAACCCUGAUUUCUUUGUGGACUUUGGUGAAGAACCUGAUGGUCCUGCGCUUGCCCACGAGAUGAGAUAUCCCGGCGGAGACUGCACAUCUGAUAUCUGGAUUUGAAUAUGAUCCAUAAGAAAAGAUUUGAGUCAGUUGUUGUCUUUUGUAGUGUAAUAAAUAACUGUUUUCAUCCAGACAUAAAGCUUGUUCUUCUCUUUUGUUACUUAAUCAAAACUUUCAGUUUAUAUUACGUCCA